AUUUAUUUUUAUAGGCUCCUCCUUCCUACGGCUAAGGUCUCCUUCGCUCCAAAGCUCUCUCUCUCUCUCUCUCCAGUCCCAACCACCUUUCACAGCCAGUUUUCAUUCUCCUCGCUAUCUCGCACUUUCUCUCCCGAAAGUUUCCCUGAAACUCCCCCUGCCAACGACACUCGUCUUCUCCUCACUGAAUCCCCCGACUCGCUUCCGUUUCCCGAGUCAUCUCGAUCAAUGCACUUUAGCUCAGCCAAGCCGAGCGGUGGAUUUACUAUGGAAAAUGGUUCCGUAGAGAACGGGGUGUGCUCCUCCGAAUCGGUUAAUGGAAGCCGCGACAUCUGGAGCUGCAAGGACUCUGAUUCUUUGUCUGUUGAUCAUCUCGUUGUCAUGGUUCAUGGAAUCCUCGGCAGCACCACAGAUUGGAAAUUUGCAGCAGAACAGUUUGUUAAAGUGCUCCCUGAUAAAGUGUUUGUUCAUCGUAGUGAAAGAAAUGUGUCUAGAUUGACUCUAGAUGGUGUGGAUGUAAUGGGAGAGCGAUUAGCCGAGGAGGUCAUUGAAGUGAUCCGGAGAAGGCCAAAUCUAUGUAAGAUAUCCUUUGUUGCACAUUCUGUAGGAGGACUUGUGGCAAGAUAUGCAAUUGGGAGAUUGUAUAGACCGCCUAAUAGGGAAAACAUGGAGGAUUCAUCUGCUGAAAGACAUGAAGGGGAUUCAAGGGGUACAAUAGCCGGCUUGAAGGCUAUGAAUUUCAUCACCGUUGCUACACCUCAUCUUGGUUCAAGGGGUAAUAAGCAGGUACCAUUUCUUUUUGGUGUACCCGCUUUUGAGAAAGUUGCAAGUUCCGUUAUUCAUUUGAUAUUUAGGAGAACAGGUCAACAUCUUUUUCUGACUGAUGCUGAUGAAGGAAAGCCUCCAUUGCUUAAAUGCAUGAUAGAAGAUUAUGGUGACUGUUAUUUCAUGUCUGCGUUGUGUACAUUUAAACGUCGGGUGGCAUAUUCAAAUGUGGGCUACGACCAUAUCGUGGGCUGGAGAACAUCAUGUAUUAGGCGUAAUAGUGAUCUGCCAAAGUGGGAGGGUACUCGUAAUGAAAACUAUCCGCACGUUGUAUUUGAAGAGCACUGCAAGGCUUAUGACGAUGACCAGUGUGAGCCUACUUCAAUUGAAGAUGAUGGAUCUGACAAGCUAGAAGUUUUUCGAUGUUUCUAAGUCACAAAGUGCAGAGGAGCUGGUGACGGGCCUAUCUCGUGUGUCAUGGGAAAAAGUAGAUGUUAGCUUUCACAGCAGCAGACACAGGUUUGCUGCUCAUAGCGUCAUUCAGGUCAAAGACCAAAGCAUGCAUAUAGAAGGUGCAGAUGUCAUUAAUCAUAUGAUCGAUCAUUUUCUUCUAUAGAAGCCUGACUCCUAGAUGUACACAUGACAGACUGGGUAACAAGCUUCCUUCAGGUUGAAGGGAUCGAUUCUCUCACAGCAUAAAAUGUGACCACGCAAGCAGUUAAAAUAAUUAAAUUUAUUUGGUAUCCUUGCAAUUUAUGUGUACAGACAGACAAUACAGUGGAUAAAAAAUAAAAAAACUCAAAAUUUAUAUACUAAUUGAUUCUAUUCAAGCAAUAUUUGCAGUAACUUCAGCUUUCAUAGUUGUGGGAAUACUUGCCCAUUACUUCUAUCUACAGGUUACCAAAAAAAAAAAAAAAA